AUGGCGAGUGCAGCCAGACCGUACUGUAGCACUGACCCUGUGGAGGCUUUGUCUGCCAGUUUAACCAGAGAGCAGAAGCACAUCGUGGACAGGAUGGUGGAGGCUCAUCGGCUGUACAGAGCUCAGGACGGCGCCGGAUGCAGGCUGUUUGAGUGGCCGUGCACAGAAGAACAGGAGGUUCUGUCUGACGUCGUGUCGCCUCUCCUACAAAGACUGCUGCAGUUUGCCAGGACGGUUCCAGGGUUUGACCUCCUGGACUUCUCUGAUCAGAGCUCUCUGCUGUCCGUCUCCUCUCUGGAGGUGAUGUUCCUGCUCUCAGCUCAGCAGUUCUCCCACAACCCCACAAGCCCAAGUCCAGCUCUGCAGCUUUUCAGUAUGUCGACACACAGCUGGUUCAGAAAUGUCGAGUCAAAGGAAAACAUCUACAGCAGGAUCAACUCAGGAGGCGGUGAGGAUCUGUUCGGGCCGGUGCUCAACUUCUUCCACAGCAUGGCGGCGCUGCGGGUGACGGAGGCCGAGUACACGCUGCUCACGGCCACAGCUCUGCUCUGCUCAGACCGGGCGUCCCUGCAGGCAGCCAGCUGUGUGGAGAAAAUGCAGGAACUGAUCCUGGACCUGCUGUCCAGGGUGUGUGGGGCCUACGCUGGAGCCGCACGAGGGGGAGCGCAGAGGUUCGGCCGCCUGCUGGGCAGACUGACGGAGCUCCGAACCCUCCGGCACAACUACCUCCUCCUGACGAGACAGCAGCCUGGACACUGACAGAGAGGACUUGCAGGGAGCGAUAAAAACCUUUCAUCUCUGGUGGGGGAUGGUUGUAUGGUUUAACUUCAGUUCAAGGAGUUACUCGUACAAACGCUGAUACCGACGGGACAGUUUUGGAUCAACCUUCUUGAUAAAACUGACACAAAAGCCUUUUUCUAAGUCCAGUUCUGCAGUCACAGAGUUUUUGCAUCUAGUAGAACUGAAACGUGCUCGUUGGACUGCUGUACUUUGUUUGAGCAAAGAUAUUUUUAUAUUGUCUUUUUAUACCCGUAUACGUGCACACUCACAGUACUUCACACUUUGCUGAGUAACUUUGAAAUAAAGCGAAAACUGAA